AUGGGCUCGCACACCGACACGGUGCCGCUGGGCGGCAAGUACGACGGCGCCCUGGGCGUGAUGGGGGCCAUCGAGGUGGUGAAGACGCUGGCGGAGAACGGCCACGUCACACGCCAUCCCAUCGAGGCCAUCGUGUUCACCAACGAGGAGGGGACGCGCUUCCACCGCUGGCUCAUCGGCAGCCGCGCCAUGGCCGGGAUGUUGGAGCCCGAGGACCUGGCGGCCACAGACGCCGAAGGGGUGACGCUGGCCCAGCGGAUGGGCGACAUCGGCGGCGAUCUUUCGCGAGUGGACGAGGCGGCCCGCAAGCCGGGCGACCUGGCAGCCUACUUCGAGCUGCACAUCGAGCAGGGGCCGUACCUGUACCGCUCAGGCACGCCCAUCGGCGUGGUCACGGGCAUCACCGGUCGCGGUGUUUUUGAACUGGACAUCUCCGGCAUGUCCAACCACGCCGGCACCACUCCCAUGGGCGAACGCCGCGACGCGCUGGUGGCCGCAUCCAAGCUGGUGGUGCAGGUGCAGCGGAUGGCCGCCGAGGAUGAGAUCUGCCGGGUGGCCACCGCGGGCGCCUUGGACGUGCAGCCCAACGCGGUCAACGUGGUGCCGGGGCGGGCCACCGUGGGGAUUGAGAUACGGGACCUGGACAUGGCCGCCCUGGAGGCCGCCGAGCAGGAGCUGACCCGCAUGGCCCGGGAGUGCGAGGAGCAGGACGGGGUGCAGAUCACGAUCAACCGCCACCGCUUCACCGAUGCCGUGCCAAUCACGCAGGGGAUGCAGGACUGGGUGGGCGAGGCCGCCGAGCUGGCCGGGUUCGCGUGGGAGCGCGUGCCCAGCGGCGCGGGCCACGACGCGCAAGCCAUCGCGACGAUCGCGCCCAUGGCCAUGGUGUUCGUGCCCAGCGUGGGCGGAUCAGCCACGCCAUCGAGGAGUACUCCAGCCCAGAGGACUGCGCCAACGGCGCCC